AUGCCGCUUUUUGGUAGCAAGAAGAAUGAUAAAAAGGACAAGUCGAACGAAGCACCCAGUUAUCCAAAACAGGCGGCCGUUCCACCACCACAAGUAGCUCAUUAUCCAAUGACAACAACUUAUCCACAAGGAACCUUUGUUCAACAAAACGAGCAGUUCUACUUCACUUCUGCCGGUCAUCAGCUUCAGUCAGCGCCAAAUGCUACCACAGUUGCUUUCGCUCGCAGUGAUUUGCCUGGAGCAUAUGAUAACUUCUGCGAAGGAUUUCUCGAUGGACCUGAUUUCUCGAAUCGUGUUCCUGACAGGAACAUCCCACCUGCUCCAGGAUCUUAUUACUUCUACUCGCACGGUGCCGGUCCAGCUACAUCGUGCGUACCACCGUACACUGGAUCAAUGCCAGGUCCAUCUUCUGCUCCACCACCAGCUCCGCCCACUUCCUCUUCAGGAAAUCUACCACCGCCACCAACUUACGAGCAAGUUCUCUCGCAAGAAGUAAAAGAGAAACUCUAA